GGAUCUAAAAGAGGAGGAGCCAGGAUAAAAACAGGAGUACUGUACGACCGACACACUCUGAGCCUAAUACCAAACUACUGUUUCUGUUUACACUCGUUAUUCCCCGCUGUCGAUGUUGACAGUCGGGGCGGCGGAGGGAUUAAUUAAAUCACUAAAACCCAGAUGGGUCAGGCGUUGUGGAGGCUGCCACUGGACGCAGGACAACAGCAGCAGCUACAGGAGGAGUUAGUGGACCACCUGGCCGACAGAGAGCAGCAGAGAGCUGGGGAACAAGCCACAAGAGAAGGAGGCCCCCAAAGCAGGCCCCCCCAACACUGCCAUGGACUUGGGACUGAUAUCUAUCAGUUACUCAGGAGGGGUGGAAGGGCCCAGCACAGGUUUAUAGAUUUGGAGAUGCUCCCGCCAGAACUAAGCAUCACCAUCCUGUCUUAUCUUAACGCUACUGACCUGUGCCUGGCAGGCUGUGUUUGGCAGGACCUGGGCCAUGAUGAAUAUCUUUGGCAGGGGCUUUGCAAGUCCACAUGGGGUCACUGUUCCAUCUAUAACAGGAGGCUACCCAGUGGCUUUUCAUACAGGAGACUCUACUUGCAGCUGGAUGAAGGCAGUCUGACAUUCAAUGGCAAUGCUCAUGAGGGGAUCAGUUAUUUCAUGUCUAAAGGAAUCCUGGUGGACCAUCCCAUGGAGCUCGCUAAGUUUAUCUUCUAUACCCGACGGCUCAACUGUAAGAUGCUGAGGAUGUACCUCGAUGAAAGACGGGACGUCCUGGACGAGCUGGUCACCCUGCACAACUUCAGCAACCAGUUCCUGCCCAACGCCCUGAGAGGUUUCUUCAGGCACAUCCAUGCCCCCGAGGAACGGGGGGAGUACCUGGAGACCCUCAUCAUUAAAUUCAGCCAGAGGUUUUGCACUUGUAACCCGGCCCUCGUUCGAGAGCUUGGCCUCAGCCCCGAUGCGGUCUACGUCCUGUGCUACAGUCUGAUCCUGCUGUCCAUCGACCUGACGAGCCCCCACGUCAAAAACAAAAUGUCCAAGAGGGAGUUCAUCAGAAACACGCGACGCGCAGCCCACAACGUUUCAGAUGACUUUGUGGGGCAUCUCUAUGACAACAUUUACUUGAUUGGCCAUGUAGCUGCCUAGUACAGCCCACUUUACUGUCAGACAUCCAAUUGCAGCCCAUGUUCUAUAAUGCACUGAAGAAUAGAGACUGGUGAUUGAGUUCCACCAUAGGUAAGAAUGUAUCAAUGCUAACAAGCACAAUUUGAACUAUUUUUUUUGUGUAUAAAAACAAAAAUCAAGAGAAAAGGUUUUGAAGACCCUAACCCUAACCCCAACCCUGAAAAUCCACCAACACACUGUGAAAACGUGCACCUGUCGUAAGGCCGCAUACGGGACAAAGUGUGAGUCACUCUCUGUGAAUAUGAUGACUAUUGGAUGUCCAAAGCCCCAAGUGUCAUGAAAUAUGGCUUUUCAUAUCCAAGUAUGUAAAGGAGCGCCCAGGAGAAGUCUUUGAUGUUGCACUUGAAUACGAAGGCUGCUGAUUGAUUCAUGACGACGUGUGCUCACCCUGAAAGCGGAGCCAGGGAAGCAAUAAAGAUUCAUCAAUGCACAGAAUCUGCUCACUCACAUUGGCCAGAAGAAUAACCAAAAGUAGGUGGGGGGGGGGGGGGGGGGGGAGAUGGUCCCGAUCAGAAAGGUCUCACUUACGAAGGAGGUUUCUGGCCGCUGUAGCAGCACUGUUGUAGCAUCUCGUCAAUCUAACGUUUUAGUGAGCAUGAAGCCCUUGCUCCAUCAGGUAACCUCGAACAACACAGAAAUGAAUGAAGCAUAGCAAAUUGUUCGACUCGGUAAAAGAUUUAAAUCGGUGGGAAUAACCAGACUUUGACAUCACUGUACAAAAUGUAAUACUGCAAUUUUUUUAUGAUUAAUCAAAUUACACUAAGACCAUGGUUCUUAUGCCUAUGUUGUUAAUUUACUUCUGAACUCCCUGCUGUUAUAAUAAACGGCACAAGUUUUACAGUUA